CUCACAGCAAACGGAGCGACAGCGGCGAAAGUCCGGAUGGUGGAGGCGACAAAACCGAUGGUUGGAGAAGAAAGGAGAGACCAUGGAACAGAAGUACUGGGUCAUAUUUGAGCUCAUCCUUUCAUCAUUGGAGUGAUUGAUAAAAUGCAGAGAUGAUGGAUCCUACAGUCUGAAUUUAUAAUGACAAAUGUGGAACAUGCCGAAGAGUGUCGGGGAGAAUUCAAAACCCUGCGACAAAUUCCCUCCAUUUCCACACGAAGGGGAGACACAGCAAAGCAGCCCUGCUCUUAUUUUUUUUUCACUGGAGCAAUUUCUGACAGUUAUUGUCAAGCAGCGUACAAAUGCAGCAUUCUGCAUGUCUGCCUGAGGUACCGUCGCUGAUGGCUUCAAAGCCAUUCAAGAUUUACAGCUUCAAACACACAUAAAUGCAUCAUAAUGCCUUCAAAAGUGUCAUGCCUGUACGUGUUGACAGUUGUUUGCUGGGCAAGCGCUCUGUGGUAUCUCAGCAUAUCCCGUUCAACGUCGUCCUACAUGGGCCAGCUGUCCGCGCCGGCACGUAAAACGGUUAAAGUGCUCAAGAGCAUCAACGCCACAUUGAGCAACAUCAGGACUCGCCCAUUAAACCCCCACGCCUUUGAGUUCAUCAUCAACGAGCCAAAAAAGUGCGAAACCAAUGUGCCCUUCCUCGUAAUCCUUAUAACGACGACGCACAAGGAAUUCGACGCUCGCCAGGCAAUUCGGGAGACCUGGGGCGACGAGAGCACGUUCAGCGACCUUCGUAUCAUCACGCUGUUUCUUCUUGGACGCAGCAUGGAUAGAGUUCUCAACCAGAUGGUGGAGCAAGAGAGCGAUAUCUUUCACGACAUCGUAGUCGAGGAUUUUAUUGACUCAUACCACAACUUAACGCUCAAAACGUUGAUGGGAAUGCGUUGGGUGGCGACCUUCUGCAACCAGGCCAAGUAUGUGAUGAAGACGGACAGCGAUAUCUUCGUAAACAUGGAUAACUUGGUGUAUAAACUCUUGAAGCCGGCUACCAAACCUAGACGGAGGUACUUCACGGGUUACGUCAUCAACGGCGGACCAAUACGGGACAUGCGUAGUAAAUGGUACAUGCCUAGAGACCUUUACCCAGAGAGCAAAUACCCACCGUUCUGCUCGGGCACAGGAUACGUGUUCUCUGCAGAUGUGGCAGAGUUGAUCUACAAGACUUCUUUGCACACUAGACUCUUGCAUCUGGAGGAUGUUUAUGUCGGGGUGUGUCUGAGGAAGUUGGGUAUUCACCCGUACCAGAACAGUGGCUUCAAUCACUGGAAAAUGGCUUACAGUCUCUGUAGAUACCGAAGGGUCAUAACCGUCCAUCAGAUCUCGCCCGAGGAGAUGCACCGUAUCUGGAACGACAUGACCAGUAAGAAGCAUCUGAAGUGUUAGUCAAAGAUGCCUGAGGACAUGUUGUGUAUUUGUGACCUUUUGUUUUUAUAACCACGAUGCAAAAGAUGUGACGAGGAGCCUUGAGACUUGCACAACACAUACUGUAGUACUUUCUUAGAAGUACUAACAUCCUUCUGGUGUGUUUUAAGUAAUAGAGUGAUUCUCACGAAACCUGUCAAGAAAAUGCCAUGGUAUUUACUCCAAAAUCAAAAGGAACAAAUAAGAAACCAGAUUUUGCAUUUAGAUAAUGUUAUAAUUUUAGGGCCAUUACGAUUUCUUACACUGUGACCAGUCUUGGGUAAAUUACUCAACCAAAGUAAAAUAAUCCACUACAAAUUACUUCACAAAAUUGUAAUCAGAUUACUUUACUGAUUAAAGUAAUCACUUUACUAAUUACUUCACUUUUAAGUUAUUUUCUAAAACACUUUAUAGGUUUGUUUUUAUGCUCUAUCAGUUCAAAAUGAUGUUCAUUGUUGUUGUCCCUUCAGCUGUCAGAAACAGCCAUACAUAUGAACAUAAUUUAAGUUUAAUAUGUAUUCCAUACAAAUAAUAUUAAUUUUGAAAUAUAUGUAACCCAAGUAAUGUACUUAAAAGUAAUGAAUUUAAUUAAAAAGUCUAUAACUAUGAUCUGAUUACAAGAAAUUUAA